GAAAUAAAACUAUACUCAAAGGUGAAACCAAAUGGGUCAUCUUCGCAUAUUGCGAGAGUUAAAUCUAAAUCGUUUGGUAAAUUAAGUGUCUGACUGCAUGAUGGAACCAAAGCCAAUGUGGACAUUUCAUAUGAAGUGAUUGAAAGUGAUAGGAAACUCAGGUCCGCCAAAUUAAUUUGAGAGUACAGGACAGCAUUAAGGAAGCUCGCUCCGGCCAACACAAAGUUUUAUUAAUUUGUACGGCCAGUCAUUGCGAAAUAGAUGUGAGGUGAAACCGGUUAUUAGAAAUUACUCAGGAAUCCAAAAUGUCGGAUACAGAGGUCGUUGAACCGAAAAAGGGUCGAGGCCGCCCUGCCAAUCCCGAAAAGAAUAGCGUUACUCCCAAAAAGCGUGCACGCGCUGUGUCGCCAAAGGAAAAAGCAGAAGAGAAAGAGAAGGAAAAGGACAAGGCACUGGCUUCAGAUGAGGAGCCAUCGGUAAAGCGGGGCCGAGGCAGGCCUAAGGGUACAACAAAAAAGGCGCCAAAGGCUAAAAAACCGGAAGCAAAGAAAGGACGCGGCAGAGCCAAAAAGAAACCCGCUAAGGAUGAAUCCAGUGAAGAUGAGGAAGACGAAGACGACGAAGAGAAUGAUAGCGAGGAUAACGAGGAGAAUGAUGAGUCCGAUUCCUAAAUCACUUAUUUGAAUAUAUUUAAUGAGCCACCGCCGAUUCAAAGCAAAUUUUGUAUCAUCCUACGCACCGUGACAAAAUAAAAUUAAUAUACAUAAUUGAGAAAACAAUCUACAAGCAACAUACAAACAGAUAUGAAUUAAGCAAAUGACGUAAUACAUUUAUCAUUCGAUGUGACUCAUUACUCAGUACAAGCUGUGUUCCAUGAAAAUAGCAAAACAGCGACGGUUUUUAAAUGGCAUUCUUUGGACAUUA